AUGUCUAGCGAAGUUGUCCAAUUAGCCCAAGCCAGGGCUCUGGCAAUGACCACGAAGCCUGAAGAAAUGCUUCCUAAAGUUUUGGAGACAGCUCUUUCGCUCUACCAAUCAACAAAGGGCCCAUCCGUGGAGCUGGGAAGAAUAUGUGCACGGUUGUUCACAGACGUUCUAAACCAUGAGGAAGUUCCUGCCAGUGAAAAGCCGUUCAUCGCAUCGCAAAACUUGGUGGCAUUAUCGCAGCUUUGUCGCUCGUAUCAGGACCAUUCUAUCGUGCGGGAUAGCAUCCUGGCUUUCAGUAAAUGUUACGAUUCACUUUUUGAUCUGGUGGCUAAGACUUCCAAUAAAGAACUGUGGGACACGAUGUGCCAGCUCAAGGAAUUUAUCUUGUCGAAGUGGAAGAGUGUGUAUCCACUUACGCCGUCUGAAGACCCGUUGGAAGAUCACGGAAGGUCGUUGGGCGUCAAGCUGGCAACUGUGCGCUUUAUGUGCACCGUGAUUAUUGUGCAUACACAGGGAUCUACAGGCAUCAGUAUCGCGUCGGUUCCCGACAGCCAUCCUGUUAUCAAGUCAAAGACCCAGCUAGAAUCCGGGGCUAAAAAGUUAUUAGAUUAUCUGUUGAGCUAUUUAUCAGACGAACCCAUGAUGGUGUCCUCGUUGUUCAUGGGUAUCUUAAACUGCUUGAGUUUUAUUAUGAAGCAAAGACCUCAAGCCACGAACCGUAUUCUAAAUGGCAUCUUGAGAUUCAACGUCGACAAUAAGUAUCAGCAGAACUCGGAGUCUGCUCUGCACUAUCGUUUGGCGAAAAGGUUUGUAGAGCGUUGCUAUAAAGUCUUUGUUCAAUACGGCCUGAAAUCUCAGCUUAUCAAGAAUUCGGGCAGCUCUGCUCAGUACCAUGCAAAACUUUCCAAAAUAUCCCAGACAUUGCAUGUAAUAGGUGAAGAAACGAAGUCAAAGGGUAUUCUAAACUUCGACACUAAGCAAGUGGAACGCAAGAUGCCUCCGCGUGACAGAUCCAAGUUCAUCGCUCUCCAGAAAGCUACAGCCAGCCAGCAACCAGUUGCUAAGUCGGAGGCUCAGCAGCCACGACUUUCACCAGAUAUGCAAAUUCUUCAUGAGCUGCAGAAGUAUGCGAUGUCCAAGUCGUCUACUUCUGGAUUCUUCAAUAAUUCUCCUGUCGCCAUUGAUAACACAUAUGCAUCGGUGUAUUCGCUCAUGAACAGCAAGCACUCUGAGCAUGACGUUUCAAAGCUGUCACCAAGCGUUAUGGCUAAGGUCUGUACAGAGUCUCUGUAUCAAACCGACACUAACAAGAUUAUUUCGGGCCUUUCUAUAGUUGCAUCUCGCUAUACUGACCUGAUGAAUAAAGCGUCCCAGUCUGCUGUUCCUCGAAAACGUUCUCAAGAAGACGAACCCAGCGGCCAGCAUGUGGCAAAGAAGCAGGAGGUUGCCCCUUUACCAGAGGACGACGACGUCUCGGAGGAGGAGGACAAACAGGAAUUCACUUUGGGCCUUCCAACGCCGAUGUCUUCCGACGAGAAGGAGGCCCACUUCUCGCGGGUUCUGGCACACAUAAUGUCAGUGAGAAACCUGGAGGAAGAGGCAAGCACCCACGACGAGACACACGAUAAUAUACUGCACAAGGUAAGGCUGCUGAGAUGGGACAACAAGACAUCAUGGCUAACUUUGCUAAUUCGUUUAGCUACUAGAGGUGUCAGCCGAAACGCGGAAAUGAGCAACAAGGCGAGGAACACAAUCUACGAGUUUUUUCUUGAAGAUUUUGGGAGCCGCAUCGACGUGGUCAUCGAAUGGUUGAGCGAGGAGUGGUACUAUGAGUCGCUGGAAAACAAGAGCUCGCCUGUUUACGACGAAUGGUCGCUGAAAGUUUUGGAUGCUCUAAUCCCUGUGUUAGAGCCUUCGCACAGGCGUCAGUUCAUCAGGCUGGUGAGUGAAGUACCUCGUCUGACGCAGCACCACAUUGACAGAAUCAAAUCCUUGUGCCUUGACCCACUUCGGAGCUCCCUAGGAUUUCAAUCACUCAAAUUUAUGAUUAUGUUCAGGCCCCCAGUAAAGGCCUUUAUCGAGAACAUAUUGAGGGCCAUGCUUGACGAGGACGAAACCGUUAAGGAGCAAUGUGAGUCAAUUCUCGCAAAAUUCUACUGA